AUGGAUACGCUGCGAAUGGGCCACUUAGGUUGUUAUGUAGUCAGGGUGUCCAUCGGGCAACAUCUACUUACACAAGCUCGAUCAGGAGAUAAGAAAGAUCAUCAAUUUAUAGACGUGGACAUGGCUGCACUUCAAGCUUCAAGCCUUUUGUUUGCUUCUUCUGGUUCUCUUUCCUCUCGUUGCCAUAGAGGGACCAUUGCAGCUACUAUCAAACCACCAAGACUCCAGACGAGUACUCUCCACCUCCCGAUUCCAAAGCUCUCAACUGGUGGUUUGGCGGAGGAAAUGGAGCUGAGAAGCAUUACCGUGACAACCAUAAGGAACACUCCAACUUCGUCAGCUGAGAUUAAUACUACUACCACUAGGCCUGAACCUGAAGCCAAUGAUUCUGACCCAAGGUGA